GGGACUGUUGAUCUGCGUCGCCGCCUGGGCCCGAGCGAGCUCGCGCGGCUCUACCGCACGUGGGGCCGGCGCGGUCUUGAGCCGCCCGCCGCCGACUGGGACCGCUCGCGGCCAUGGCCCAGCUGCAGGCCCGGUUCCUCACGGACAACCAGAAGUACGUAGUAGACGAUGUUCCGUUCUCCGUCCCGGCCGCCUCGGAAAUCGCUGACCUCAGUAACGUCAUCAAUAAAUUGCUGGAAGCUAAGAAUGAGAACCACAAAUAUGUGGAAUUCGACUUCCUUAUCAAAGGCCAAUUCCUGCGUACGUCAUUGGUCAAACACGUAGAACUGGAAAACAUUUCAACAGAGGAAGUGGUAGAAAUUGAGUAUGUGGAGAAGUACACGGCACCUCAACCUGAGGAGUGCAUGUUCCAUGACGACUGGAUUAGUUCUGUGGAAGCUACUGAAGAAUGGAUUUUAAGUGGCUCUUAUGAUCACACUGCUCGAAUAUGGUCUCUAGAAGGAAAACCCAUCAUGACUAUUGCUGGGCACACAGAAGUUGUGAAAGAUGUGGCAUGGGUCAAAAAAGAUAGUUUGUCAUGCCUGCUACUUAGUGCAUCUAUGGAUCAGACUAUCCUGCUAUGGGAGUGGAAUAUAGAAAGGAACAAAGUGCAAGCCCUGCAUUGCUGCAGAGGACAUGCUGGAAGUGUUGACUCUAUUGCUGUUGACUGUACAAGAACAAAAUUCUGCAGUGGAUCUUGGGAUAAGAUGUUAAAAAUCUGGUCUGCAGUACCUACAGAUGAAGAGGAUGAAGUGGAAGAAGCAACAAACAGACCAAGAAAGAAGCAGAAAACUGAACAACUUGGACUGACAAGGACUCCCAUGGCAACCCUUUCUGGUCAUACAGAAGCCAUCUCCUCUGUGCUGUGGUCAGAUGCUGAAGAAAUAUGCAGUGGAUCAUGGGACCACACAAUUAAGAUAUGGGAUGUUGAAACAGGAGGUCUCAAAUCAACUUUGACAGGAAAUAAAGUGUUUAACUCUAUCUCCUACUCACCACUAUGUCGGCGUCUCGCAUCUGGGAGCUCUGACAGACAUAUCAGACUGUGGGAUCCCCGCAGCAAAGACGGCUCCUUGGUUCUCCUUUCUCUGACCUCUCACACUGGUUGGGUCAUGUCUGUUAAGUGGUCCCCAACACAUGAGCAACAGCUGAUCUCAGGCUCUCUAGACAACGUUGUCAAGCUAUGGGACACAAGGAGUUGCAAGGCUCCUCUCUAUGACUUGGCUGCUCAUGAAGACAAGGUUUUGUGUGUGGACUGGACUGAAGCUGGGUUGCUGUUAAGUGGAGGAGCAGACAACAAGCUAUAUUCCUACAGAUAUUCAGCAGCAACCUCUGAUGUUGGAGCAUGAAAAUGGAUGACAGGAGAAUUUUAAAGGGUACUUUGCAGAACUCUCAAGCUUUUGGAAGUCCCCAGAUAACAAUCUACAGAAUGGCAUCUGAAAGGAAGUAGCCUUCUAGAAGACUCUUCAUCUGUUUUGUAUCUGAGAGCAAUCAUUUCUAUCUUUUGUAUUUGUGGAAUAGUAACCUGUAUGCAUAUUUAUAAAGAAAAAGGGGAGCAAAACAACCUCACACUUAACUAAUCUGAAACUAAAAUAAGUUAUUUUUCUUGCUUUUGGCAGGCUUACAAAUUUGAAUUAAGACUAGACCAAAGAGGACUAUUUAAAGAAAAUGGAGUGAAUUAAAAAUAAUGUUUUAUUGAGACCUAGAGAUGUACUGUUUGCUGGACUAAAUUAUUUUGGACCUGUUCACCUUUUUUUCUUUAAUAAAUCUUUUAUCUAAAAGUUUAGCAUAUUAGGGUAUGAACUCAAGUAGGAAGUGAGCUUCCACAACACCAGUUUGCUUUAGUAGUCAUGGAGGUGCUUGCUGGUUACAAUGCAAAUGAUGAUAGUCUUAGAAGAACAGUUCACUGUAGAUUUUAUUGGAAGAUGGAAUAUUCCAUUUCCUAGAAAUGCUAAGCUACAGUGCACUGAGUCUAUACUUUUUAAGAAACAUCACCGACUUUUAUUGCAAAACAUGGUAAAGUUAGCCCAUUUAAAAUACUAUAUAGUAAUAUAUAUCUAAUGGAAUAUUAUAUCGCUAUAGAACCUUGAUGUGAUGUCUCAAUAGUGGGGUGGGGCUCCACUCCAAACUGAAGAUUUAAAGAAUAGCUGACAUAAUGACUAUAGAAGAAUGGUUUAAUCGCAUACAUUUAUUAAAACUAUCUUUUUAUAGCUAGGGAAUUGGUAGAAAUGUCUCAAAAAUUAACCUAAUACAUUACCUUAUAAAUAAUAGUCCUCAGACCAUACCAUAUUAUAGUCUAAAUACUCAGAACCCAACACGUUUAGCCAUCACCAAAGAAUCUCAGUAAUAGGAUACAAAUUCAGCAUAAUUCUGCUGUAAAAAAGGCGAAGUUAAAUGGUUACUCCUCUCCUCUAGCAUAUUUUCAGACCAGCUAACUGCAGCCUAUAUGGGGGAUAUUUCUUUGCAAUUUACAUGCCGUAAGUAUGUAGAGCUAACUAGAGUUUGCAUAACAACAACUUCUUCUUAGAAGUUGGAGAACCACUCACUCUCCUUUCCCAGAAAAUGAGUAUAAAAAUUAUCACAAAGCUUUAAUGUCUUACAAAAUCAAUUAAACAUCCAUUUUCUCUGCUGCUGGAAUUAUUUCCAGUACAAGGUCUAAGUGGACAACCUUGCACUGUUAGGGUGUUGGACAGAAGAACUCAUUAUUCUUAUGUAUUGUUGCAUAAACCAACCUGUCACCUCUAAGUCCUUCCCCCAAGUAUUUUUAUGUAACAUAGUAAGCUUAAAAUAUUAAGUAAAUUAAAUACUAGGUUUGGAGGUCAUUAAUUGAAAUGUGGCCCCUCCCCUGUAGUUGAGUCUAAAAUUCUGAACAAACUUUAAGCAGGUUGCAGGUCAUAAACAAGGCUGAUUAUACCAACCUAACAGAGGAAACAGAAAGGAUACAGGGGGAGGAUCUCUAAACUGUCAGCUGAGCAGUUGGGUUGAACAAUGGGAGCUCCUCUACUUUUUAACAAUAGGGACAUAGGUAUAAUUAGUAGUGCAGGUAUAACUCCCAGUUCUUUUCUUCUUCAACUUGUUUUCCAUUUGCUUCAUGAUAUCCAUUUCACUCUGUUCUACAGCAACAGCCAUACCCUACAGUUUAGUACAGCCAGCAGUUAUAUUCUUCCUUACUUUCCCCUAAAUUAGAAAAUACUGUCAUUUUACUUCUAAUGAUAUCUAAGACUUAAGUUUACUCUGAAAACUGGAACUAGCAAACAUAUGUAGUGCUAAUCCAUGAGCUACUGAGUAGGUUUAUUUUUAUUUUGUAUAUCCCAUACAGAAAGUGCUGUUUUUCUGUGAGAUCCAUGGCACUAAUCAGAAUUUAACAUAUGUUGUUAAUAGAUUCCUUCCCACUCUGCUAUAAAAAUAUAUAUUUCACACUUGUAGAUUAGAGAUUUUCACUCAUCACAUUUGUUCCAAAUAUGUUCUGGCAAUAAUCGGUGAUCUUCAAAUAAUUUAAGCAAAAGACACUGAUGAUUAAGGGAAGGAGAAUAAAGAGAGAAUUUAGCUACACAGUUUGUUUAUUUUUAACAAUUUAAAAAUGUGUUGGCACCUUUGUGCCAAGACUUCUUGUAAUCCUUACUCAGCCCAAGAUGACUAACUUGUGCCUUGACUGAGUAAAAAUUGGACUUUUUAGCGGAUAGAAGGAGAAAAAAGGGGAAUCAAGGAUCCAUUUAUUUUCAUUAUUCUUCAGGACCCUUAAUGACAUUGUAUCUGUGAUGCCUAGUGUUCUAGCACUAGUAAUUAGAAGGACUUUAUUUUUUUUUAACUUUUUAUUAUAACUUGGAAGAGGCAUUUGCUAUUUGAUGAUAUACUGACAAGGAUAUUGUAACUGCUGUCAGAUUCAAUAAACUAGUAUAUUCUAGCUGUGAACCAUUAGAGGCAAAUAAUAUUUGAAAAAAGAUAUUUUGUCAAAAAUAUUUAGUUGCAUCAUUAUAUCUAUUACUAUGUUUUACUCAAAGCAGUUGCUGACGGCUCUUUCAACACCAGCUUAUUAAGAAGUGGUUACGUUACCAACUGUUGUGUCUUUUGUGUUGCCACUCUGAGUGAACUCCAGUUUUACUUACUGUUUAUUUUUGUAACUGGCAAACCAGUACCAUAACUACACAGUUUAAAAAGUUUAAGCCUAUCUGCUUAAGACAUAGAUGCACAAAAAUAAGAUUGCAUUUUUUUUUUUACAUUAACCUCUUAAGGUUAAAAAAAAGAAUAUUUAGAAGGUUGCCCAAGGCCUGCGGUACUAAGAAAUGUUCGUUUCAUGGAAACUUCACAAAUCUAAAAUUCUAAUUAAAAUGUUUUAAGAAGCUGGUUAUCCCUUAAUACCAGAACCCAUA